AUGGCUGUGGUACCGCCCCGUGAUGAUCACCGAAUUAUAAUCCACUUUGACUAUGACUGUUUCUAUGCUUCGGUUUUUGAGGUUGAGCAACCGGCGUUGAAGACUCUUCCUUUAGCCGUCCAGCAGAAACAGAUUGUAGUGACCUGCAACUAUGAGGCUCGCAGAAGGGGAUUACGCAAGCUGCAAUUGAUCAAGGAGGCCAGGCAGAUUUGUCCCGAGCUGGUCGUCGUCCUCGGUGAAGAUCUAACUAAAUUCCGUGAUGCGUCGAAGAGUCUCUACCUUUUCCUCCGUGCUUUCUGUUGGAGCGGGAAAGUGGAAAAAUUGGGAUUUGAUGAGCUGUUUCUGGAUGUCACAGACAUGAUUACAUACAAUGUGGAUCUUUUGAAUCGAAACGAUCUAGAACACUCGUUCUUUCAUCUCAGCCGUCAGGAUCCCACCCUCGGGUUCGCAUUUGAUGCCACUGGGUUCCAUGGUCCGACUUACCCUGCGGCUCCCAACGUAGCACCGGAUUCUGCCUGGCCAUCUGUUCCGGCGGGAAAUGAUCCUCCUUCGCUACAUAUUAAACUUCUAGUUGCUUCCCAUCUGGCAGCCUACCUACGUGGACAACUGGAAGAACAUAAGGGCUACACUGCCACAGUAGGCAUUUCGACCUCGAAAAUCCUCGCCAAAUUAGUGGGUAAUACUUAUAAGCCCAACAACCAAACAACCCUUCUUCCGCCUUAUACUGCGGCGGAGCAAGGCGCUCAGAGCAAUGUGCUCAACUUUCUUGACGCUCAUGACCUAAGAAAAAUUCCUGGGAUUGGCUCUAAACUUUCUCAAAGAUUAUCUUCCUACCUCAAAAGCCCGGCCCAGUCAGGUUUAACUCAGGGCGUUUCUGAUACGGCGAAGGAUGAUACAGCCACUGUCCGAGACGUUCGUUUGUGUCCUAGGAUGGGCCCGAUGCUUCUAGAUAAAAUUCUAGGCGGUCCAGGGUCCCCCAGAGGUAUUGGUCCGAAGGUAUGGGGCCUAUUACAUGGUGUAGACAAUUCAGAGGUUCUCCAAGCUCGGGACCUACCGACCCAAAUUAGCAUCGAAGACUCGUAUGGGUGUUUGAGCACCUUCGCAGAAGUUAGAAGAGAGCUGGUCUCCCUAACAGCUAGUUUAAUACGUCGCAUGCGAGUGGACCUCACGGAGGAAGAACCUGCUGCAGCGGACUCGCGAUCGAACGGUUCGCUUUCUCGAACAACACUCAAUAUGCGAUGGAUUGCUCGUCCAAGGACUCUCCGUUUGUCAACAAGGCCUCGGCCACCCCCUACAUCCAGCGAGGCACAAGCGCACGGCUUCAACCGUAUUUCACGCUCGGCGCCGCUGCCCCAGUAUGUAUUUUCCCUUGAUGCGAGUAUUGACGCGCUGGCGGAACAACUGGUGCACGAACUUGUGACCUCCAUGUUCCGGAAACUUCAUCCUGAAAAGGCUGGUUGGAACAUCCGUCUCUUGAAUGUCGCCGUGACCAACAUGGUAGAUGCAGCUGGGGAGCGUAAGCAGAGUAGUGGACGAGACAUCGAGAAGAUGUUCCAGAGGCAGGACAUGGGACGCAGGCCAGUCCUCCCCGUUCCAGUGACGGCAUGGCCAUCACCGGACACUGGUACGCAAUACGCCAGGGAUCCCAGCCUGUCAUCCAGCGAGAUCUCCAGCCGUCCUCAAAAAGUCGUGGGCUUGGAUAGACAUGCGUAUAAUACCGGAGGUGAUGCCUGGGAGGAAAGUGAUGAGGACGAGGACAUGCCGUGUGUAGCCUCUCGGUCGCAGGAACCAAAUGCUAUUCAGCGCGUAUCGACUCUAGAUCAUCCUAGAAUUCAUACCUCCUCACAUCAAGUCGAUCACCUUUCUCAUUUCGAUGUCACUUUCAACCUGCGUGACAAGAAUCAACGCAUAAAAUUAGAAUUAGAACCGAACCAUGAUAUCCUAGCCGAAGACGCAUAUGUGCAGUACUUAGACCGCCAUGGAAACAUUCAACGUGAAGAGCCGAUCGAGCGACACGAACACAAGGUCUUCAAAGGCCGUGCGUUGGUUGGGAGGGGAAAAGGCAUGUGGGAUCCUGUAGGAUGGGCCCGGAUUUACUUGAAGAAUGACGGGUCGCAACCCCUAUUUGAAGGAGUCUUCAGCGUCCACGACGAUAAACAUCAUGUCGAGUUGAAAUCAACGUACCUGCAAAACAAACGUCAGCAAGACGUGGACAUCCCAGACCGGAAAGGUGAAUACAUGGUCUUCUACCGAGACUCCGAUAUGAUCCGGGAACUGCAUACCGACUUGAAGCGCUCAUUCCCCGUUUCCUCGUCGUGCCAAGCCGACAAACUUAGCUUCAAUGCCGACCCAAGCCACCCGAUUCUCCAAGCCGAGGAGGACAUGAGCCAAUGGGGUGCUAUGUCUCUAAAUUCGCUGUUCGGACUCACCAAGCGGCAAUCUGACACUGGGGGUGUCUCGGGUAACAGUGGUGGUGUGAGCUUGAAGUCGACCAUUGGUGAUACGUCUGGUUGCCCCGACACCAAGAAAGUCGCGUUAAUCGGUAUCGCUACGGACUGUGGCUUCACCGGCUCAUUUGAUGACAAAGAAGCCGCCCAAAAAUGGAUCAUAAAUACUGUCAACAGCGCAUCGAACGUCUACGAGAAAUCCUUCAAUAUCUCCAUCGGCCUACGCAAUCUAACCAUCACCGAAAAGGAUUGUCCAGAAACUCCUCCCGCUUCAGCAGAGUGGAACAUGCCGUGUUCCGAGGGGAAUAUCUCAUCUCGACUGGAUAAAUUUUCCAAGUGGCGUGGGCAGCAAAAAGAUACCAAUGCUUAUUGGACCCUGAUGAGCAACUGCCCCACAGGUAGCGAGGUUGGAUUGGCAUGGCUUGGGCAGUUGUGUAAUGCAGACGUUGUAUCAGAUGCUGCGAACGCAGUCAGUGGCACCAACGUCGUCGUCCGCUCCUCAGGUGGUGGAUGGCAGAUCUUUGCCCAUGAAUCGGGCCACACGUUCGGAGCGGUUCACGAUUGUGAUACUCAGACAUGUGGGCAAAAUCUUGAGGCAUCGUCGCAAUGCUGUCCUUUAACUGCAUCCUCCUGUGAUGCAAAGGGGCAGUAUAUUAUGAACCCCACUACGGGCACAGAUAUCACAGAGUUUUCCAAGUGUACAAUCGGGAACAUUUGCUCGGCCCUGGGCCGCAACAGUGUCAAGUCCAGUUGCCUUUCCGACAACAGGGGGGUCACCACCUAUACUGGUCAUCAAUGUGGUAAUGGCAUUGUUGAGUCGGGCGAAGACUGCGACUGUGGCGGGGAAGAAUCCUGCGGAGACAACAGUUGCUGUGAUGCCAAAACGUGUAAGUUCAAGAGCGGCGCGGUUUGUGACGAUGCCAAUGAUAGCUGCUGUUCGAAAUGCCAAUUCUCUUCUGCUGGAACUGUCUGUCGAGCCAGCCGUGGAGAAUGCGAUGAGGAAGAAACGUGCAGCGGCACUUCGAGUACUUGCCCUUCUGACUCCUUCAAGAAAGAUGGAACGAAAUGUGGUGAUUCCUCAGCCGGCCUGACUUGCGCCAGCGGACAGUGUACCAGUCGAGACUACCAGUGUCGGUCCGUCAUGGGUAGCUUGCUGCAUAGCAACGAAACGUAUGCUUGCUCUGCAUAUGGCUCGUCUUGUGAAGUGGUCUGCUCCUCGAACACAUUUGGCCAGUGCUACGGCGUCAACCAGAACUUCUUAGAUGGUACCCCUUGUAGUGGCGGUGGCCAUUGCAAGAACGGAAAAUGCGAUGGUUCUAGCGUCAAGGGCUGGAUUGAUGACCACAAGAACCUAGUCAUCGGUGUUGCGUGUGGUGUAGGGGGGCUAAUUGUUCUGUCAAUUCUGUGGUGCUUGAUCAACCGCUGUCGCCGGGCACGACCGAGUCCAAAGCCCAUGCCACCCCCUGCCGGUCCAUAUGGACCUUGGACUCGCCCUAUGCAGCAACCGAUCCCCAUGAAUCAGUGGCCGAGUGGGCCGCCGCGCGGAUAUCAGGGGCUUGCAGACCCUCCACCGCCAUAUCCUCCCCCAGCGUAUGGUAACCAAGCACCUCGAUAUGCUUAA